GAAAUGACGAAACGAAAGUGACAACCGUAGAGGCACGCUAAUCAGACGUCAUAUUUCUGUAUAAAAGCAUUUUUACUAUAACCCAUAAAUGUGCGCGCUCCCGGCAGCACACCUGCCAUCAUGAGCAGUCAAAGAGGACGGAGGAGCCCCCGUUCAACAGCUCCUGAACAGACUACUGCAAAAACUCAGGCAAAAGUCAAUGGAAGAAGUGAAGAGAAGAGAGAUUCUCGCAGUAGUGAUGGGAAACCACGACCUACAGGGGCCGCCAAGGACCAUGAUGGUGAAAAAAAUGGACAUAACGUUACUAAAAAGCGGAUGGAGAAGUCUGGAAGUCAAGACAAACCCGCCACAAGCACGUCCGAUAAAAAACCCGCACCGCAACGAGCAAACAGCAAUCGACAGAGUCAAAAGCAAAAAUGCGUUUCUAGCAGUGACAGAGAUGAAACUUCAAAGACCUCCGAGGAUCCGCGCGCACCUGACUCGAGAGCGCGUAAAUCUGCCCUUAAUGCAGACCAUAUAGGCGAUACGCAACAUACAAAAGAAAGCGUGAGUAAAAAACAGCCCGAUCAACGCAAGUUUGAAAGUGAAGGCAAACGGCACAAGGAUGACGCACAAGAAAGUGCAAAAAGUAGACAAAGUAAAAAACAGACAAAUCCAGAGAGGUGUGAAAGUCAAGACAAACCUGCCACAAACCCCGCACCGCAACGAGCACAGAGCAAGCGACAAAGUCAAAAGCAAAACGACCAUCCCAAUCGUAACGGAGAUGAUGGAUCUCCGGAGCGCUCCAGUAGCGCGCGUCAGGGAAAACGGCUCGUCAAUGAUAAACUAGAAGUCGUCCUACAUGCCACUCUUGAAAAAUUAAAGAUCAAGAAAGACGAGCGGUCUAAAGCAUCCAGUCGAGUUAAUGAGAUGACAAAUACAGUCAUUUCCCAUCUGAAGCAAAAGAUGUCCUGGUGUGCAGAUAUCGAGUCCUUAACAACCGGAAGUUAUUAUGAAAACGUUAAGAUUUGUGAACCAAAUGAAUUUGAUGUUAUGCUGACCAUUCCUGUGGAGAGGGUGGAUAUUCAGAAAUUCAAUAAAAGUGGGGCAUUUUACAGUGUUGCACUGAAACGACAUCCAAAUAAACAUCCUCUGGCCAGAUUUCUAAACGAAGAUAUGACCAUUCGUGCCAGUGAAAUGCUAAAUGAAUUCAGAGAUGGUGUUAAGGAGGCAGUGGAGUCACUUUCAUACAAAAUUGAUGUACAGCGCAAGAAGCUAAAGUGUCCCGCUGUGACAUUACAAAUAACUGAAAAUGGAAAUCCGAUUUCCAUUGACUUUGUUCUUGGGCUUAAGGUUCACGGCAGCUGGCCAGACUAUACGCGUGAUGGGUUUCAAAUAGAACGGUGGCUAGGUACUAAAGUUAGAACUGAUCUAAAGCGCCUACCAUACUAUCUGGUACCCAAAUAUGAGGGCAAGGGAAAUGAUGAGCAUGAUGGAGUUGUUGCAAAGGAUGUCUGGCGAAUCUCUUUUUCACAUGUUGAAAAAGACAUCAUGAAAAGGCACGGCCACUCCAAAACCUGCUGUGAGUCUAAAGGACAGAAAUGCUGCAGGAAGGAAUGUCUAAAGCUUCUGAAGUAUCUUCUUAGUCAACUUAAAGAGAAGUACCCAGAGAAGAUGUCUAAGUUCUGUUCCUAUCAUGCAAAGACCACCUUGUUUCACGCUUGUGCUAGAAAGGUAGAGGACAGCGAUUGGGCUUCCGGUCAGCUGGCCAACUGCUUCCAGGAGCUUUUAGGCAACUUCGUCGAAAGCCUAAGAACACAAGAUCUUCGCAACUUUUUUGUCCCAUCCCAAAACCUCUUACAUCAAGACCAUGUGCCUAAAAGCAACUGUGAUUUUCUCGCAGAGCAAAUUAAAUUCCAACAGAACAAUACUUUCCCUAUAUUUCAGGAUACCAGUAAACCACGGUCACCUUGAGAGCACAGGCGGAAAUACCCGGGGAGGUCUAAAAUUAUAAUUUAAAACCAUGUGUAUUAUAAAUAUUAUAUAUAUA